GACGCAAUAAAAAAAGUCCCCGACGCCCCCCUGCUAACCUUACCUACCUGGUAGCUGCUAACAUCCCGCACCAGCAUUUAAAUAAUUAUCCAAGAUAACCUACCUCUUACACAUACCUCCGUCAACCCGUGUCUAUUAAGAAUAACCGUUGCCCACAUUUUUACGCUGCCAGCAUCCUCCCAAUCGCCAUGUCGAAGCCGUCACAGUUGCGCUCCCUCUACCGAUCACUCCUUCGAGAACUCCCUCCUAAACCACUCCCGUCCUCCUCUUCGCGAGUUCGUUCUCCUUUACAUCAACAAUUAAGACAAAGCUUCUCAAGUGAUCCGCCCCACGAGCACGUCGUCGCCCAAGCCGACCAGUUAGUACAGUAUCUUAAGGCACAAAGGCAAUAUACGACUCUGCUGGAGCGAUAUAAUCCGGGCAUGGGUAUGGAUGAGGAAGAGCGCGUCAGGCUGAGCGCCCGUCGGGUCGGCAUGGAUUUACCAGUAGAGUACGAGAAGCAGGGCAAACACAGUUGAAGUACAGGAUCAUAGGAGGAGAAGUUUGCGGAACAGUGCCAAUUCGUCUGCACAAUAUCACCAUGGGUCUCAAUCAAAACCUCCGCUUCCAAAGAUGUCUGGAAUACCCCCGACUCUACGGGCUGGGCUUGGCGAAGAGCUGCACUUUAACCAUGUUAAACGACUAUUCAACUACGAUAAUAGGCCGGGGGUGUUUCAUAUAAUUGCCCGACGUUACUUGAGUCGUAUGAGUAUACAGCACUCAAAUUAUGAAUCCCCAGCUGUCAGGUUCCAAACAGGAUUUUGCGUAAAGGGGAAAUGUCAACCACUACAAGUUUUAUACAUAACUUAACUCAUAGAAUAUCUGAAAUGACAAGGAUUAUCAUAUCAGGGCUUGCGCUCUGUAGCAAUUUUGGAAUUCCACACAUUCUAUAGUUGAAUAAGCGCCCAUCACCCUCGUGUUACUCGUGUCCUCUUUUGCUCGACUUUUGGAUUUUGUAUUGAUGUGGAAUAGACCCAAACGUGUAAAUCGCGUAC